AUGGGAGAACCAAUUAGAAACAGAAGACUUAAUGAUUUGGCUAAUGCGCCUACUCCUCAGAACACACCAUCCACUGCGGUGUCGUCAUUUGCUGGCAGAGGAGCUGGUUCAGGUGCCCCUACAGUGUCGACCAUUCUCGAGGAAGAUGGUCUUGGUGGCAGACUUGCCAAUAACCCAGCUCUUUUGUCGAUGAUUGAAGGCAAACUGGGUAAACUGGUUGGUCAUCCUUCUGGAUAUAUCGAGUCGCUACCAUCAGCUGUUCGGGACAGAAUCAGCGGUCUUAAGGGAAUCCAACUUGAACACAGUAAAUUGGAGGCCCAAUUCCAAGAAGAGUUACUGGCUUUGGAGAAGAAGUUUCAUGCUAAAUACGAGCCCCUGUAUGCUAAGAGAGCUGCUAUUAUUAAUGGUAGUAUCGAGCCAAGUGUAGAGGAGAUUGUUGCUGGUAAGGCAGUUGAAGAGGAGGACGACGAAGAAGACGAGGAUGAGCUCGACGAGUUAGACGACGAGCAAAAGAAAGAGAAGAAAGAAGCUACCGCUGCUGCUGACAGUGAGGACAAGGAUGAAGAUGACGGAGAAGAUAUUAAGGGAAUCCCAGAAUUCUGGCUCACUGCUAUCCGAAACCUGUAUCCCGUUGCUGAGACUAUAACCGACCGUGACGAAGAGGCCCUUCGUUAUCUCACAGAUAUUCGCAUGAAAUACCUCGACCAACCAGGCUUUGCCCUUGAAUUCGAGUUCUCUGAGAACCCCUUUUUCACAAACAAGGUGCUCACCAAGACCUAUUUCUACCAAGAGCAGACUGGAUAUGGCGGUGAUUUCAUCUACGACCAUGCCGAGGGUGAUAAGAUCAACUGGACUUCGCCAGAGAAUAACCUGACCGUUACAAUCGAAAAGCGCAAGCAAAGAAACAAGCACACAAAGGCCACCAGAACAAUUGAGAAGACCAUUCCUGCCGAGAGUUUCUUUGGUUUCUUCUCCCCCCCCAAGUCGCCUGGUUUGGACGACGAUGACGAAGAGGGCGAGGAAGAGGAGGAUAUCGAGGACAUCGAGCAACUUCUUGAGGUGGAUUAUCAACUGGGUGAGGAGAUCAAAGAGAAGCUCAUUCCCCGUGCCAUUGACUGGUAUACCGGCGAAGCACUCCAAUACGAAGACAUUGACGAGUUCGAUGAGGAUGCUUAUGACGAGGAUGAGGAUGAUGAGGACGACGACGACGAAGACGAGCACGGUCACAGCCACCACCGCGGCAACUACGACGACAGCGAUGAUGACGACGAUGACGAUGAUGAUGACGAGGAAGACAGCAACAAGCCAGGAAGUGAAAAGAAGUCUCCUCAAGAGUGCAAGCAGCAGUAG